AUGUCUUUUGUACAAACGUUCGGACCAAGAGCGAGUCAACAGAUCUUGUCUUUACUACGAUUCUCUCGGCCGACUCAGCGACGCUGGCUCAGCAUUCAAGGCUACCAAGCACAGAAUAUUCUGCAACAGGCCGGAAUUCCAGUGGCAACUGGAGAGAUUGCGCGUUCUACUGGGGUUGCAGGGGAUUGUAGACGUUCCGCCGAGAGCCCUGGUGAGGCACGCACCAUCGCGUCUCGCAAGCUUAGCCACAGGCCAAAUGCCCGCCAAAACAAAGCAAGCGAGUUGCCAGUUGACAAGCCACAAACCACAGAAGGCACCACACUCAAAACCGAAUUCUAUCUCGCCAUCACAGUCGAUCGGGAACAUUACUGCCCAGUCAUUAUCGUCUCGCGUAAAGACGACGUAAGAAUCGGAGAGCUAGGCCGACACAAUGCCAGGAGGGUUCAUAUCGACUACAGCAAGGGCAUCACAGACGACACUGUAAGAAGUAUUAUCAAGACCCUGGCUCUCGAGCAAGGCCUGACCAAGAACCUGCAUUCUCUUCUGGAAGGACUAUACGACACCUUCAUCAGCAAAGAUGCCACCUUACUGGAGAUCAAUCACGUGGUAAAGACUGAUCAGAAUACCUUUGUCUGUUCAGACCCAAACUUCACCAUUGACGAUGCUUCAGCUCCGCGUCAGCCGGAUAUCUUCUCCAUAAAGGCAGAUGAACAGGAGCACCCUACAGAAACAGAAGCCAAAAAGCACGGCCUUGUUUACGUGCACUUGGAUGGCAACAUCGGUACGAUAGUAAACGGCGCAGGUCUUGCCAUGGCUACCAAUGACGUUAUCAGUUACUAUGGUGGUAAGAGCGCCAACUUUCUCGAUGCGGGUGGUCAGGCAACAACAGAAACCAUGGUCAAAGCCUUUCAGAUUGUUCUGGCGGAUCAUUGGGUGAAGGUUAUCUUUGUGAAUAUCUAUGGAGGUAUUAUUCGUUGUGAUAUGGUGGCGACUUCUAUCAUCCAGGCGGCUGAUCGGCUGGGCCUGUUACGCUGUCCCAUUGUUGUUCGAUUGCAGGGGACUAACUCCGAGGAGGGUCAGCGGAUGAUUUCAGAAUCGGGUUUGAAUCUCAUUGCCGAAUCAGAUUUUGGCAGGGCGGCCAAAGUGGCGGUGGAAACGGCAAAUAGUGUAUGA